AUGGUUGAGGUCUCGUUUUUGGAGCUUGGUGGAUGGUUUUCAGUUUGUUGUGUAGUCGUUGGUGGUCAGGUUGCAGCUUGGUCUCGGUUUGGUGAUGGUUUUAUAUGUUCUUUUAUUGGAAUCGAUUGUUGGCAUCCAGACGAGAACAAGGUCUUGAAUAUUAAGCUUGGGGAUAUGGAACUUAAGGGCGAGUUUCCUCUUGGUGUUGCAGGUUGUUCAUCCCUGACAGUUAUCCGGAGAGAUCCCUGUGAAGCUUGGGAAUUGCACUUUAAUAUCCUUAUACUUGCCAACAACAAUUUGUCUGGACAAAUCCCUGCUCAAAUUGGUCUACUCUCUCGAAUGGAGACAUUUAACGUGUCUAACAACAACUUGACUGGGCCAAUUCCAACGUUCAGUAAUGCUUUUAUUCCGGCGGAGAGUUAUGUGAAUAAUGCAGGACUAUGUGGCAAUCCUUUGCCUCCUUGCCGAGAUUCUUCAAAGAAAACCAAUAUUGCAGCCAUUGUUGGGGCGACUUUUGCAGGCUCCGCUGUUGGAAUUGGCAUUUGGAUAGGCAUGUUCUUCUAUUUGUGUAAGGCGUCCAGAAAGAAGAAAGAAGAGGGAAGAAGUAAAGGGAAUAUAAUUGGGUUAGGAAGAACUGGGACAAUAUACAAGGCAGUACUUGAAGAUGGCACCUGCCUCAACGUGAAGAGAUUGCAGGGAUUCUGCACGACUCAGGAGGAGAGACUUUUAGUGUACAAGCACAUGUCCAACGGCAGCCUCCAUGAUAAACUACACUUGAAAGACGGGAACGAACCUAUGGAUUGGCUUUUAAGGCUCAAAAUUGCAAUUGGGACAGCGAAAGGAUUAGCGUGGCUACACCACAUCUGCAAUCCUCAUAUUAUCCACCGAAACAUAAGUUCCAACUGCAUCUUACUGGAUGUUGAUUGCGAACCCAAAAUAUUAUAUUCUGGACUUGCUAGUCUCAUGAAUUCCAUCGGAGCUCAUUUAGGUACUCGUGUAAACGGUGAAUUUGGGAACGUGGGAUAUGUUGCUCCAGAGUAUUUUAGAACAUUGCUGGCCACUCCAAAAGGGGAUGUUUACAGUUUUGGGGUCAUGCUUCUUGAGUUAGUAACAGGUGAGAGACCGACCAAGGUGGCUGAAGACCCCGAAAGAUUUAAGGGUAAUAUAGUGGAUUGGAUUUUCCAGCUCUCUGGAACCUAUAAACUUCAGGAUGCAAUUGAUCAGUUCUUGGUAGGAAAAGGUUAUGAUGCUGAACUUUCCGAGUUUCUUAAUGUUGCCUGUAGUUGUGUGCUGACAGAUGCUAAAGAUCUAGUGAAUUUCACGUGA